GGAAUGCCUGGGCUUUCUUCUCUCUUGGUGACUCCCCUCGGGCCCCAUAGCCUUUCGCUACUCUUAAGAGUUUCCCUUCCCAUCCCAUUUUUCCUUUCUUCUCUUUUACCCUCUCCCCAGAUUUUCACUCCCACUGUGCUUUAAUUCAGCGUACUUGAUAUUCCUCGCAAUCUGUCGCAUCUCGCAAAAUUUUAUCUCUGUCUCAUUGACUAUCGCGCAUACAAUUUCAACCCAUCCAACUCCAUAAUCGCUUAAUCAACACGACGAGACAGCACAACAAGAGAAGAAAAAUACAACCACCACAGAGCAACCGCCAAUCAUGGCCGUAGCAACCAUCGACAUUAUGCCGAAGCAGGCAUCCUCCUCUCCUCUGUCCUCCAACAACCCCUCCAUGAACAAGCGCUGGCCCCCUCUUGCCGACAAGACCUCCCUGCCUUACAAGCUCACUACCCUGUCACGCCAGAAGCUCGCCCGGGAGGCCACUGCCCCAGACCCAGAUAUCAGACGGUGCCUCGGCCACUUCCGCCUGCACGUUAUCUCCAUGGAGUGGGCACAGAAGGACAUGACUACUCGAAUCAACUCUUUCGAACUGGAGGAUGACGAGUCCGAAGAGGAGGAGGAAGACAGCAAGCGUGACGACGCUAAGGAGAAGGAUUCUGAUGAGAGUGACUCCACCGAAGAUGAGAAGGAAGACUCCGAGACCAAGGCCAAAGAGGGUACUGCUACCGACGCCCCUUCGGACAAGGAACCCGUCCAGGUGACCUUCACCGUCUCCUUCGACCAAUCUGCUCCAACUCCUCCCUCUCCAUCCGAUGAUAAAGAACAAGGUCUCUUGGAGAAAGGCCGCAACUGUCUAGAGAAGACAAAACACCUUUGGCAAUCACCUGCGCAGUGCAUACCCGUUCGCAUUGCCGGGUAACUGGGCAAGCCAUUCACAACCAUCCACUACCAACACGCGUACUGGGGACACCACCUACCCGCAGCAAAACAUACGCAUAAUCUCCACUUACGAAGUUACGAAGCAACGAAUCUCAUUUUUUUUCAUUUCCAUAUACAUAUUUCAGACCGGAAGCGCAAGCGCAGCAGGAUCGGAGUUUACAGGGAGUUCACAACGAACCACAUCAUCGACAAUCAAUCAAUCAUGUAUCUAAUAGAAAAAGUCGCUCACAUGAACAUGUCACCACAUGUUUGAAUAUUUAUAUAAUAAAUAGCCAACCAAAAAUUCAAAAAACCAUUCAAUAAAGAA